CAUUUAGCCGUUCAGGGACUAGAUUACCUACUACUGCUAGCUACUAGCCCUGAGGUCUGCUUCUCCUCUCAAAAGUGAUCAGUAUGAGAAUCUUCAAAUUAAUUCAAACUCGGCAUCUAUAAACGUACGGGCUUUGCACCUCAAUCCCGAAUCACUGGACCGUGACCUGUUGGCACUAGUCAAUCGCAUUGUUUUCCCUCCAUGCCAGGCCGCCUCAUCCUACGGCGCCCGUCCCCGACGACCGUCUCGUUCACCGUUUCGAAUGCCUCAAGACAUACCAGCACGCCUGCAAAAGUUCUAUUCUACCUGCAAGUUGUGCUGCGGGUGCUGAGCUUUUUCUGCGUGCUCUUACUUGAUGUCGCCAAACUCCGACACUCUUCCUACAUCCAAGAAGCGCGAUUGAUCCCCUGGGCAGCUGUAUGGUCGACACCGCUGGGCGCCUCGGUUUGUGGCUACGCGGAUAGGUACAGCUACCCAGCUGUGGGACUGGUCAGUGCAAUUGUGAUGUAUGGUGUCUUCAGAAAAGGAUACACAGAAGAGUCGCUCCUCGUUAUACGCGGGCUGGGCAUCCAGACUUCGACAUCCUCCAACACGUACUUAUCAAAAGCGUCUACGCGAUUCAUACCUACCACACAGAUCCAGGAUAUUGUGAUCCACGAGGCUUUUAAGGGAUUCGAGGUUCGCUUCUAUCUCGCUGUAAUUGUCGAAGGGGAGACAGAAGUCCUCGUGGUUUUCCCUAACCUCCUUCCGAAUCGACAAAUUCUAGAAGAGGUCUGGAGAGGCUCCCGACGAUGUCUGUAUGAUUCCAAGUCAUAGCGUGAUUUAAACGGAGAAUGUGAACAUCAUGGGUUUCAGAAAAGAUACUCCUGUGAGGAGC